CCCGGAUCGCAAAUGUAAACAGAAGAAUCUAACUUCAAAAUAAGUAGGGAAUAGUAGACCCUCCAGCAUUUUACUCAUGAUUGGAGAAACCUGACUCCCACCAUGCCGAGUGCCACUGAGGUGCAGAAUAUCCCCCCACGGGAAAAGGGGCAAAGGGGUAUAGACUCCUUUUUUAAGAGCCCAAAAGCAUCUCCUGUAGUCAAGGACAAGAAAGAUCUGUUUUCAUAUUUCAAGAAAGUAAACAGCAGUCUAGACCAAUUAAACGGAACAAGUAAUAAAAAGGAGACCAAAGAAGAGGAAGGUUUGGAUUCAGGUGUUGUUGAGCAGGAAAAGGAGGAGGUUGAAAUAUCAGGAAAUGGGAGUGAAGUUGACAUAACAGUUGAUGUAGAGAGUGAAGCAAGUGAGACAGAACAAGGAUGAGCAAGCAUCGUCCCAGACAGAUGGGUCAUCCACUGAAGAUUUAGUUGAAGAGGAGUCGAGUGCAUCUGUGUCUGAAGAAGAACCGGAGGUGUUAGAGGUAGUAAAGGAGAAAGUAUGUAAGAGCAGUGAAAAACCUACAGAAGGGAGUUCCGGGAGACAGAACAUCUUUGCAUUCAUGAUGGCUAACAGAGGUAAACAAAAUGAAGUGUUGAAGGAAAUGAGAGAAGAGGAGGAAUCGGCUAAAAAUGACUGCUCAGAAACCUUGCUGAAUAAGAAAGGUGUUACUAGUAAUAGUGAGGAAGAAGAAUGUGAUGGCAAGAAAAGUAAAAAGGUAAAUGAAUCAAACAAUACUGCACAGGUGGAUGAAAAUAAAGUAAAGAAGAAAAUAGGCAAAGAGAAAAGGACAGUACGUAGGAACAAGAAAUCUGUCGGAAAAAAUGUGCAAUUGACAGAGACCGAAUCGUCGUCAGAAAGCUGUGAAGAGCUUGAAGUAGUUUUCGAGAAAAAGGAUGCCACUAGUAAAAGUAAUUCCCACACUCCAGCCAUACCAUCCAAAGCCAAACUUAAUACAGCCCCCACAUCAUACUCUGGUGGAAAUGCUUUUGCUUUUAUGAUGGCAAAUAGACAUAAGCAGGACAAAGCUCUUUCAGAGAAUGAAUCAGGAAAAGGAGAGACCAGUGAGGGUGACAAUAAUGAAAACUCGGACGCUCCCACAGACAAUACAGAGAAGAAGAAGAACAAAGGAAGGAGUAGAAAGAAAAAGCAAGAAGAUCUAGAUUCAUCCCUAGCUGACUUUGAGGUUUCAGAGAAAGAGGAACCAAAGAUCAGCAAGCCGAAGAAAACCGUAAGGAAGAGGAAAACAAAUACUGCAGUUUCUGGGCAAUCAGAUCCUCCAGUUCAGGCAUCUGAAAUCAAAACAGAAGAAGGACAUGGACUACCCAAGAUUCCAAUUCAGACAACUGAAACCAAAGCAGAAGAGAAAGUCACAAAAAAAAUUAAAGAGACUGUCUCCAAAAACAUAUCCGAAACUACAAAAACGGAAGGUUCACAAAGGAACCCUAGUAACAUUGCAAUGUCAGAUCAUGAAGAGAAAUGUCCAACAAGGAUUAAGGAUGAAAGAGAUGCACCUGAAACAAAGCCUCCUACUGAGACUGCAGAAGGUGGAGACAACAAUGUUAGGCAAAAGAAUGUUAAAGUGAAAGUUCCCAAGACUAAGAAAGUAAGAGGAAAACAGAAAAUUAGCAGUCAGAAUAUAGUAUUAAAAGACAAAGCAGAACAAGUAACAAACAAGGUGGCAGAGAUCCCUGUUGAAAAAAAUACAGAAGAAAGCCAGAUCACUUCAGAAAUAGUAGAGAAGGAGAAAAGGGCUAAAAGCAAGAAAAAUGUAUCUACUGUAGAAGUCUCCAGUAUGGAGAAUGAUGAAAGAGUGAAGAUUGAACCGACAGAAGCUGAGGAACCACCAAGGAAGAGGAGAAGGAAAAAAGUAGACUAUGCAGUAGACUCUGAUCAAGAAGAAAUCAUUGAUCAUAAAACAAGCCACAAAACUAAUCCUGAGGAAACAGGAGACAAAGAGCACACUAUAACUGAUGCAGAAAAUAGUUCAAAGAAAGGAAACAUUUCAACCUUCUUUAAAAAGAUCUCCAAAGAAGAGAAAGCAGUUGAGAGAAGCAAGAACAUUUUCACAGUCAAGGCUGAUGUUCACGCUCCGUGUGAUGGAAUGCUAGAAUCCAGCAAAAUGGAACAUGCAGCAAAGAGAAAGAAAGUACAAGGUAACGAAACUGCUGAUAAAGAGAAUGUCAGUGACAUCCCCAAAGACAAAAAGAAUGAUAGAAGAAUCAGUAGAAGGAUAAAGAAGAGACAAGAACUUGAGGAGCUAAAUAAGAUAGAAUUACUUGAGCAGAUUACACCUACUAACUCACCCAUAAAGUUACCAGCACAGAAUUUAAGAGAGAUUAAUAUAACGAGUAACGAUUUACCAAAAAAGGAAAGGGGGACGGGCACUAUGAUAGAGGCAGCAGCAGUGGAGAGUAAAGCCUUUGAAACAAAGAAUAAUGUUGCAAAGAAGAUAAGAAAUAAGGCAAGUAAGAGAAUAUUGCAAGAAGAAGAAAAUGAUUGCACCAAAAUAGAAGAGAGUAAGAAUGGAGAUGAGGCUAAGAUUCCCUUGGAAGACCUUCCUGUAAAUGAAGAAAACACAGAAAAGAAGGGACCUGCAAAGAAAUCCAGAAGAAGACUGUCAAGGAAGGCUGUCAUUGAACCUCCAGAUACAGUGGACCAAACCGUCCUCCCAAAAGAGAAUACCUCGCCCAAAUCCAUAGUAGAAAGUAUAGAAACUCCGCCCUCAAAGCUCGAUGCCACAGAGGACGAGAUCUUUCCCAAAAGCACCAGAGCUACCAGAGCCAGGAAUCUAAACAAAUCCGCACAAGAUAGUAAUACUGACACUGAUACAAGCAUGGGGUCCAGGAAGAGAUCACCGAGAACGAGAGAUAGCCUGUUAUCGGAAUCCAUGGAGAGUGAGGAUGAUAAGGAGAAUGUUGUUCACUACACGUCUACGCUUAUUCAGAAACCUGGGAAACUGAGCCUGAGAUUGAAGAAAGUUCAACCAACUUUGAAGACCAAAACCAGAGGAAGAAAAUCUUUAAGUCUAAAGCACAAUAACGUAGCCGAGAGUUGCCCCGCGCAGGCCAAAGCUCGAGAACUUGUGCAAAAGGCUAAACUAGCCAAAAGGAGUCCCAAGGGAAAAGUCAAGAGAUUGAGCAUGAGUAGAACAAAAAAGAAAACUCUGAGCAAUAAUGUUGUGAAGAAGAUAGUUGAACAGAAUGUAGUACAAGUUAAUAUGGUACAAAUUGAUAAUGAUGUGGUCCUCAUUGAUGAAGAGGAAGCUUCACCAGUCAAGCCAACAAAGAAGAAAAGGCAGAUGCUUCUCAAGCCUCCAACUGCAUCAACUCCCAAAACAAAACUGGUAAAAAGGAAAGUCAUCAGGAGUAAAAAAGGAAAUCAAAAUGCACCAGAGGAAGUCGAUGUUCUGGAAGACACUGUUGGCGAGUCUUCAAGGAGAUCCUCACGGCAAGCAGCAGCAAAUGCAAAAAAGAUGAUAGAAGAACAGCAGGAAAUUGAAGAAGAAGUAAGAGUUGAGAAGACUAAGAAGGCUGAGAAAGAGAAACCAGUGAAAGAAUCCAAGCUUGCUCCAAUAUUUUGUAAGAAGAAGAUUAUAGAACUCUCACCUUCAAAAUUGAAGGCACGACAAGACUUCCUACAGUCUGGUGUCCCUGAUCAGAUCAAGAAGCAAGUGUUGAUUGAGAAGAGUCAGGAGGAAGAAGUCAGUGAGUGGCCACCUUUCCCAGCUGUCAGUCAUGUCCAACAGAAGAGUGAUACUGAUAGUGUAUGGAGUCUUGCCUCUCCAAAUAUUGAGAAGCUGAAGGAAACAAAUGAAAGUGAUUCCUCUGUAGUGCCACUGGGAACAAAAAUAUAUAGCACUGAUAUGAUGUCCAAAUUAAACAAAGAUAAAUCUAGUACAAAAUUGGGAGUGGGUAAUAAUCCAACACUGGACGUAGCAAGCAUCAUCGCAAUCCUCCUCAGCCUGAAGAAGGAAAACCCCUACUUUCCGGCACUCUCAGUCUUCAAAUCCUACCUAGACUUGAAGAAGGAAGCUGUAGAUUUGUAUAAAAAAGAAUUAGAGAAGGAAGAAUCCAAGAUUAAAGUAAUAGACCUGGAAGAAGAAGAGGAAGAGGCCAAAAGAGGAAAGCGCAAGAGGAGAAGCAAGGGGUCAGGAGGAAGCAAAAGAUCGAGACUAAGCGGAGCAAAAGGGAAAAAGAAGGAAGCCGAGGAAAAGGGUGAAGAUAAGGACACGUCACUUCCCUUGUGGCAGGAGAGAAUUCCACACGCAUGGACGCAAGUUUUUUCACCCAAACACACCAAUCAAGUCAUCGGUAAUACAGGUCAUGUCAGAAAAAUGAAGAUGUGGCUACAGGAGUGGAAAAGAAAGUCGGAGAUAUAUGCCAAUAAGGAGAAGAAUGGAAAGAAGAAAAAGACAUUUAGAAAAGACGAUGACUUCCUGAUAUCUGAUGAUUCCAGCAGUUUUGGUGACGAUGGUUUUGUCAACACGUUUUUGUUGUCAGGACCUCCUGGUAUUGGCAAGACCUCAGCUGUAUAUGCCCUUGCUACAGAGCUUGGUUAUAAGGUGCUGGAGGUGAAUGCAUCCUCAAGACGACAGGGAAGACAGGUCAUGACUCAGUUAGCUGAGGCCACGCAAUCUCACUCGGUGUCUAGCAAAACAUCCCAGCAACCUGCCAACACUUUGACGGCCAUGUUUGCGGCCAAGGCAUCAGCUGAUACUAAGCCGUCUCCAAAGAAAGUAAACCUCCAUGAAGAAAGCCAGAAUUCCAACAAAGAUUUGGAGAGCAAAAAGAAAGUGGCACUUGUUUUGUUUGAAGAUAUUGAUAUUGUUUUUGAAGAAUGGGAUGAAGGUUUUAUUGCGACAGUAAACAAUUUCAUGGCCACUAGCAAGAGACCAAUUAUCUUGACUGUCAGUGAUUCAUCACCAAAUGUGCUGGCCAAAAUAAAGGGAAAUUAUGAAAAAUUAGACUUCGUAUCCCCUCCAGAGGAUCUUAUAGCGCAUCACCUGCAAUUGGUCUGUCUUGCAAAUGGCUACCAUAUAUGCUUAAAAGAUGUACGAACCCUUGUUCAUGUCAACAAAAGGGAUGUCCGACAGUCAUUACACGAUCUUCAGCUUUGGUCGAUGUCUGGCUCGUCAUUCCAGAUAUGCGAUUGUCUGGAAAAUAGUCAGAAGGAUGAUUCUGAGACAAACAGGGAGGAAGAGAAUAGUAAAUCUUCUAAAGUUGUGAAAGAUUUAAGUCUUGGUGACAUAUUCCCGGAUGCUGAUCAGUUAGAGACUUCAAAUGUAGAAUUAUACGCAUCUGGCCUGUUGGGGAAAAUCAAAGGAAGUGCAGUGUUUGACAGCAAAGCAGACCUCCAUUGUGAUAGAAGAAAAACGACUCUGGAAAAACAGCGGAAGUCCAACAGGAACAUCAGCUGGUCCCAGAUUUCAAGCAACCUCCCCUUACUCCUCCCCCUUCCUCUCACUGAGACAGAGGAGACAAAGCCCAAGUAUCCUCUCCAGCCUGAUGAUCCCCUCCUCAAGACCACACCCCUGUGGCAGAGACACAGUUGGCUUUCAAUUGAUGAGGAUGAAGAAGAGGUGGAACAGCCGCCUGUGACGGAGGAGAAGGAGGAAAAGGUGGAGGUGGAAGAGGAGGAGAAGGAAGUAAAAGAAAAUACUCAAAAGAUUCCUCCCAAUGUACAAAAAUCGUCCAGACAAUGUCUAGAGUCCAUGGCCCGUCUUUAUGACACUAUUGCCCAGCUGGAUGUCCUUGACUCAUCUCAGUUAGAAACUUAUCCUGGAAAGAGGAUAGAGGAACACGGAUGGUGGACCAGGCAGCCCACAGCAGGACUUAGUGACGAACAAGAUAACUGUGAUCUUCCCUGGGCGCCUCGUAACCUGACCAACGAUCUUGUCCAGUUCGUAGGCCAGAGAGCUGUGAAAUACUGUCAUGAAGAAUUAUCAGCUGCACUACCCAAAGAUUCAGUAACGGAGUGGCCUCAGUUGUGUCUCACGAUCCAUAAUGAUAUGAGGGUACCAAGCCUGAUACCACAUGAGUCCAAAGCUAACAGCCUCAGGCAAGAACAUCGACGUAUAGCAGCAACCAUAACUUCAUGCCUGCCAGCCAUUAAUUAUCUUAACAAAAAUACAUCCACGGAUCACUUACCCUGUAUACGAAGCCUCAUUAGAUAUGAUGAGCUUAGUGCCGCAAUAAGUAAAAACAGAAGAGGAAGGAGAUUUUUAAGCAAUGUUGCACACUUAGGCAUAGAUUUAUCAGCUGAGGAAAAAUUAAAAACGGCCAAUGCACUCUUAAGCUAGCCAUUUUUGUAGACUUGGGAGUCUUUUUACACAUUGUAAUUAUAAUUCUUUUACUGUAGCCAUUUAUUUUUUAUUUAUGAAAUAUCUAUGCUAGUAAAUGAAAGUUUAAAAAUUCAGAUAAAGUUUUAAAUAUUUUAAGAAAUAUUAAGAGGUUAUUUUAGGUAAAUAUUCACUUUUGUGUCAUUGCAUCUCAUAUUUUUAUAAUCAUUGUAUCAUUAUUUUAUAAAGUCGUAUCAUGGAAAAUAGUAAAAUUUUAUAAUAUAUAAUCUGAUAGUUUCUUUGCUAAAACCAGUUCUUAUUUAUAGUAGCCAAAAUAAUUUAAUGAUAUGUCACUAAGUGACCUUGUUAGAUAUCUAUUUUAUACUGUUGAAAAUUCAGGAGUGUUGUAUAGUAUAACACCUGUGCAAAACUAUAACUAAUUUUUUCAUAUAUUUCAAAUGAAAUCUUUAGUAAUUUUUUUUCAUUGUUCUGCAGUUCCCUCCUAUAUUUCACAUAUUUUUCAUCUCAUACCAUUCACUAAUCAGAAAUGCCAUUGUUGAUUAGUAAGUCCAUGCCUGCCUCAUAAUGCUAAAGUCAAACACUCAAGAUGUUAGGGAGGGUAUUUAACGAGGGCAAAGUUGUUUAUAAUCUGAUUAUAGGAGUUUCCAGGCAUAGGCAAAGUCAAUAUCAUCUGCAUGUCCAUAGUUCUCUCGUUUCUCCUUUUCAGAUCAUAUUUUUUUCUCUAUCUCCUGUUUUUUGUUUCAAGGUGAGUUCUUGCUAUCUUACAUCUCUUUCCCCCUAUCUUCUAUCUUCCUUUUAUAUAUAUAGAAAACCAGCCUUGUAUAUGUCAAGUGCAUGAGAAAACAAAUUCCUAGCAGACAUUCAUUUUGGACUGUUAUAGCAAAGGUUUGAUUUACUCGUGUGAUAAGGAUCUGGUAAGUAUUUGACAUGCUCAUCUUGGUGUGAGCAGGAUAUGAAUAUGAUACUUUAUUUUUUAUUAUUAUUUAUAUGAUUACUUCUAGGAAAUGCAUAAUUUUUUUUAGGUCAAUCUGAUUGCUUUUCACAUGAAAUUAAUUCUGAACUAGUGUGUUUGUAGCUUUAAGAGAGAAAAUUGCAUUUUCUAGCACCAGUUUCUGUAGGUCCAAUGCCAGAUUGAUUAGUUGAUUUCAUGGGAUGAAUCAAUUGAUUUUUAUAUUUUCAUGCCUUCAGACAUGUCAUAUGUAAAUAACAAUGACAGUUUUCAUUAAAGUGUGCAAUAGUUUGUAAGAUAAUUGUAUGAAUGAGUUCAAAAUUUGUUUUAUGUUUUGGAUAUUGUAUUUUAGUGUUUACAGAAAAGUGGCCUUAUUUUUAUUUAAGUAAUAUCUGUUUUACUUUAAAUACAUAUAUCUUAGGCCAUGGGAAUGUACAAAUUCUUUUAAUAAAUUUCAGAAAU